UUAAUGAGCAUAGAUGUCGAAAGAACAAGGAAAGAUAAAACUACGAAUGCAAUCUGUUCUAUACUUUAUUCUCCUCUCCCUAUUUUCUUCUUUUGCUCCAUAUAUCUCUUUUCCUACUUCUUAAACCAUCCAGUAUUUUCCCCGACAAGGAUGCACCUCAUCUCAAUUCAUGCACCUCCACCAUCGUGGGCACUGUUACUUCUUCGGCUCUUUUCAGCACGUUUGCUUUCCGUAGCAUACAUUUCGUGUCAUUAUUCAUCGUAUCUUCUGUCUUUCAAUUCUACGCGAACCCAAGCAUUUCGUUGUAUGCCUCUGAUGUCGUUUCCAUUUUUUUUUCUCCAGGUGAAUCGCUGCAUUCACCUAUCUCUAUACCCGAUAUCGCUAUAUGCUUCUCUACUCGCUGGCAUAUUUCCAAUGACGUGGUUAGCUCUGUUAGUCGAGCGUGACAGCGAUAGGCAACAGCCUCAAGCAAACACUGUGGCUGUUAUACAAAAGCCAACGCCUGUGCUAGCGCCAGAGACAAUAGCCCCCCCCCUCCCCCCAAGAUCCUUCGUUCUAUCACUAUGGCUUCCCGCCGGUGGCUCGACUACGUCAAUGGACGCAUUCAGCCUGCACAAAAAGGCACAUCUGCAGGUGAAACCCCCGACACUGGACACCCGUCGAAUAUGUCCAGCUCCGUCCACAACGAGAACUCUCAAGAGGGAGAAGCUCGCGAGCCUGCUCACUCCAAGCAUAGUACGAAUUCCAAAACUGCCUCUUCUUAGGAUCUGCGAGUUGAUGAAAAAAGUGCCUCCCCUCCUCAAUAAGGAUCUUCCGCCAUGCGCGCCCGCUCUACAGGUCGCCUAUGAGAAUGUCAACAACAAAUUGCGCGCUUUAUGGCUCCAGUAUGAAGGAAAGAAAUCUUUGGAAGAGCUCUGUCGCAUGGUUCAUCAGAACUUUGUCAGCGAAAAAUCGGCACAUGAUGCGUCCAAGCACACUGUCCCGCUGGUCCCAUGGCGCCGCUAUCUCGUCUUCCAGUAUGAAAUUCGUUGGGCUAAAUACUUCGUCCGCGAAUCUCAGAUCACCGAGCCGCUGACCGAAUCUGAGCUCGACGAACGACACGCAGAACUGACACUUGUUCCAAAGGAGCUUGCUUUGUUCUGCUACAGGUGUGAUACAAUGGCAAAGUGGGAGGCAUGGCACCAGAAAAAACGCGCAUUCACUACUAUUGUCGGUAGGAGAUUCUCGUGA